AUGGAGGAAGAGAACUGCACCAUGGUGACAGAGUUCAUUCUCCUCGGGCUAUCAGAGGUCCCUGAGCUGAGACUUGUCCUCUUCCUGGUGUUCCUGCUCAUCUAUGGCGUCACCGUCCUGGCCAACCUGGGCAUGAUGGCACUGAUUCAGGUCAGCUCCCCACUGCACACCCCCAUGUACUUCUUCCUCAGCCACUUGGCCUUUGUAGAUUUCUGCUACUCCUCCGUCAUCGUGCCAAAGAUGCUGGCUAACAUCUUCAACAACAACAAAACCAUCUCCUUCCCAGCGUGCAGGAUACAAUUCUUUUUGUUUUGCACGUGUGUGGUCACUGAGGUCUUCCUACUGGCUGUGAUGGCCUAUGACCGCUUUGUGGCCAUCUGCAGCCCGCUGCUGUACACGGUCAUCAUGUCCCGGAAGCUCUGUGUGAUGCUGGUUGCCUGCUGUUACCUCUAUGCAUCUGUGUGUUCUCUGAUUCACCUGUGCUUAGCCCUUGAGAUCCCGUCCUACAGGUCCGAUGUGAUCAACCACUUCUUCUGCGACCUGCCCCCGCUCUUAAGUCUUGCUUGCUCUGAUGUCACUGUGAAUGAAGUGGUCCUGUUCACUGUGGUAAAUUUCAGUGAGAUCCUUACCAUUGUGAUCAUCCUCACCUCCUACUUGUUCAUUCUCGUCACCAUCCUGAGGAUGCGCUCGGCAGAGGGAAGGCGCAAAGCGUUCUCCACCUGCGCCUCCCACCUGACAGCCAUCACCGUCUUCCAUGGAACGAUCCUCUUCAUCUAUUGUCAGCCCCCUUCUGGCAACGAUGUGGAUGUUGACAAGGCGGCCACAGUGUUCUACACGGUGGUGAUCCCCAUGCUGAACCCUCUGAUCUACAGCCUGAGGAACAAGGAUGUGAAAGACGCUCUCAGGAAAGUGCUGAGCACUAAGAUGCUCUCCUCGAAAAGGUACAAUUAA